CCGAGGAGCUGCCUGGGGCUGCUGCUGCUCUUCACCCUCCCUUGGGCUGGACCAGCACAGGGAUGGCUCCAGCCCUCAUCAGUCAUCGGAGGCCACGAGGCCAAACCCCACUCCAGGCCCUACAUGGUGUCCAUCCAGCUGAGGAGGGGUCAUGCCUGCGGGGGAGCGCUGCUGCACCGGCGCUGGGUGCUGACAGCAGCCCACUGCUUCCCUCAGGGGAGGAGGGCCGUGGGGAUGGCAGUGGUGGGGCUGCACAGGCUGAAGGAGCAUGGGCCGGCCACACAGACCCUCCCCAUCCGGGCAGCCUGUGCCCACCCCAGCUACAACCGUCACACGAUGGAAAACGACCUUCUCCUGCUCCAGCUGGAGGGGACGGUGACGCUGAGCAGGACGCGGCGGCUCAUCAGGCUGCUGGGCAAGGAGCCAAUGGCAGGGGCAACCUGCAGCGUGGCAGGCUGGGGGGUCGGUGGGCACGGGGGGCUCUCAGCCACGCUGCAGGAGCUGGAGGUCACGGUGCUGGACAGCAGGAUGUGCAACAACAGCCGCUUCUGGGACGGGGAAAUCACCCCCACCAUGAUCUGCUUCCAGGGAUGCCGCAGGGGCUCAGCACCCUCCAAGGGUGACUCCGGGGGUCCCCUGGUGUGCGGGCGGCGUGCGGCGGUGGCCGGUGUUCUGUCCUUCUCCAGCCCGGAGCCCACCGACCUUUUCAAGCCGCCGGUUGCCACCUCGGCUGUGAAGCACAAGAAAUGGAUCCAGAAAACACUGCGGAGGGGCUGCAGCUCCCCCUAGCCCGGGCGUGUGGCACAGACACAUCACCCCUUCCUAUUUACACAGGGAAGCUCCCCAGCGCUGUGACACAACCCUGCAAGAAGCUCCUGGGGAUGAGCCCACUGAGACCCCAGCCACCCCUGCCCAGCUCCUCCUGCACCUUUCCCACCUGGAACCAGUGCAAACACCACGGCUGUGGGUUACCCAUUAACAACCAGGAGUCUCCAGCAGCACAAACGGGGGGUCCUGGCCCCCAUCUCCCCCCUACAAAGCCUCUCCCUGUGUUCC